AUGAAUAAAAGUCGUCAUAGUUCUAUGCAUAAAAUCUUUGGUCCUCCUUAAAUAGUUAUGUUUGAUGGAGAAGAAUCUAAAUUUUAAAAAAGAAUCUUUAGAGGUUUUAUGUUCUGUAUUAUUAAGAGCAUUCAACAGAUAAAAUAAAAUUUUGUUGGGAACAAUCUCCAAUUCAUAAGAUGAA